UUUUUGAAGUUCACUCUUCAUUCACUGCCGUCAUUCAGUUCAGUUAGUCUGCGCUUGUCCGUCGAGGUGAGAGUAUGCGCAUGUGCCGAUCGACUGUCAAACGAACGAACGUAAAUAAACAAGUGAAAAAGUCUUGUGCCAAAUAAAUGUAUUUUACGCAUCAUUUUACUAACUUUAUAGAUUAUUGUGACUUUUUAAUUCGUAAGUGAUACUGUACAACGAAAUUGAAAGUAUUUUUUAAGAUAUGAACAAACAACAAUAAGCAUCAGAAAUGCAGCUCCAACUAGUUUUAACAUUGUGUGUAAUUUUAUUAUGCGACGCAAAGCUGCCGCGGUUCAGACAGCUGAUUCAACCCAACGAGCUACCAGCGAAUCUCACGCAGAACUCGCAAACGUUAAGACAUCGACAAACAGAAUCGAAAAAUGAGAAAACUAGUCGAAUAGCCGAUCAGUACAGACAGAGGCAUCGGAGGGACGUGUUCGAUUCAACUUCUUACGAAUCGAGUUUGAUAUGGGCUCACUCCGAGAGAUUAGAUCAAAAUGGCGACGUUGUCCUAAGAUGGGUGUACUCGGAUUCGAGUAUAACGUUUAGGUUGGAGGCGAGAACUCUUGGUUACGUCGGCUUAGGAUUUAAUACUGUUGGGAACAUGAGAGGCGCAGAUUUGGUAGUCGGCUGGGUCGACGACAGGAAUGGCAACGCUCAGAUUGUGGAUUGUCACGGACCCGAGCACGAAGAUCUACCAGUAGCCGACGACGUUCAGAAUUACGAGCUCAUAUCUGGGUAUCAGAAUGCGACCCACACGACUGUGGAAUUUCGGAGGCAGCUCAACACUUGCGAUAGACAAGACUUUGUUAUUGGCGAGGACACAGUACAAGUGCUUUGGGCGCUUGGACCUGAGGGCUCAGAUGGACAGCUUCCAAAACACAUGAAGAGUGGAUCUAGACCAUUAAGACUUCUGCAACCAGUGUCGAAACCCGAGACGAUACCUCUAAAACAUUGGGAUGUCAGAUUGACUAAUUUGACCAUCCCCCACGAUAUGGCAACGCUAUUUUGGUGUAAAAUCUUCAAAGCUCCGGACUUGCCUAAGAAGCAUCAUAUAAUUGGCUACCAACCUCUGAUCGAUAGUCGGCCAAUAAAGAACGGCAAACCCGUCGCAGACAAUAAUAGUUUUUCGCCUGUACAUCAUAUGGUUCUAUAUGAAUGCGCUGAAGACGAAGACAAACACCUGUGGAACGUUUGGGCUGAUAGCGACGGGUAUUUUGGACCAAUACGGCCAAGUGGUUGGGCUACUUGUGCCAGGCCAAUUGCGGCUUGGGCUAUUGGAUCUCAAGGUGAAUUCCUGCCGGAAAGCGUCGGUAUACCCUUGGGGGAAGACGGAGGGGUUUCGUUCUACAUGCUCGAGGUUCAUUACGAUAAUCAAGCGUUGCACGACGUUCUGGACAGUUCCGGUAUAAGGGUGCACUACACGCCCGCUUUGAGGCAACACGACGCCGCCCUCCUCGGCGCCGGCAUAGGGGUGUCGGCCCUCCACGUGAUCCCCCCGAAACAACGGCGCUACAGGACCGUGGGGAUAUGCAGCUCCGAGUGUACCGACACGACCCUACCCGACGAGGGCAUCAACAUCGUGUCAGUUCUUCUUCACGCUCACGGAACAGCGAGAAAGAUAGCCCUCAAACAUGUUAGGGGCACGCAGGAGUUGCCGAGGAUAUCGGAGGAGAACUCAUAUGAUGCUCGCUACCAACAAUCAAGAGUGGUGCCCGGCGGUAGGAAAUUCAAGAGAGGAGAUACGCUGAUCACUGAAUGCACUUACGACACUACGUCGAGAACUAAACCUAUUUUGGGGGGCUAUUCUGCGAAACAGGAAAUGUGCCUAUCCUUCAUUUUGUACUACCCUCGUACGGAGCUGGCGGGUUGCUAUUCAAUGACACCGGUCAAAGAGUUCUUCGAAACGUUCGGAGUCAAAAAGUUUUACGGAUUGAACUUUACGCAAGUCGAAAACAUAUUUUUGUCAUCCGGAAGCCUCGAAAAUUUACCGCCGCAGCUGGAGAUCGACGUGAAACAGAGGAGCACCGACGAAACCGCCAAGCAAGGAGACGAUCAAGGCGUUGGACUGAUGAAGGAACUAGUGAUCGUUGAACCGUCGGAGUUCCUGAACAAGUCGUUCAUGGAUCACCUCAACGAGAUGCCCUGGGAGGAGCCGCUGCUGACCGAACAGAUCGAGAAGUCCCUGUACAACGGCAUGCACAUGACCUUCUGCAAGAAACGGGACGAUUCCUGGGGAAUGCCCAUACAAAUACAGAACUACCCUGCGUAUUCGGAAUUAACGACCAACGAAGCGUCCGAAAAAUCUUGCAACUACAAGAGUGUGAGACUACCCUCUGUAACGAAGUCUUCGACGGGCGCGGCCGCACAUACGACUUUAAGCUCGAUCACACUGCUCGUUUGCAUCUCGCUUGCGGCGACGCGGUAAUCACAAUUAAAAGGUGAAUUCGAUGUGAGAAUUUAAAAUCCUAUUCGCAUUCAAAACUGAACUUUAUAUCUACGUUGUCACGGUUCGAUUUCGCUAACGCUAAAUACGUCAAUAGUACAACGACGUAAAUAUUUCACGACUGGGCAAACCGCGAACAAACGGACAUGCAAUUCUGUAUAUUAGAUAUCGAAAUACGGUAUUAAUUGCUUUUUUUUACUAGACUUUUAUGUAGACGGUACAUUACAAGUACGGACACUUUCAAAUUUCGAAUCGGAUUUUAAAUUGACACAGCUCGAUGAUCUGUUGUUUUCUAUUUUGUUUUGUUUUUUUUUUUCACCUGUGGGUGAUGCCCUUUCAUAGUAUUAUCAAGCCGAAUUAUGCAUCCAUAAUUUGUGCUUUGUUUGUCUUUAAACACGCGUUACUACGAUCGUAAACCAAAGCGUCGUAACAACUAAGUUUUAAUUGUAAAAUAUCGAAGUUCUUUUUUUUGUCAACAGUACUUAUGCGGUCUUGCUCAUGUAGCCUUGCUAGUUGUUAUAUAGUAUUUUCAUUAAGAAGGUUCUAUAUAAACUUGAUACUUUUUGUAAAUUUUCGUUCGUUCGUAUUAAUUCGUGUUAAUUGUAAACCUGAAUCUAUAUGAAGUUACUAUUUAUUUUUCUUUGUAUUUAGCAAACAACCUACUUGCAUGCUGAAAGCAUAAGUUUGUAAACUAAUCGAAUCGUAUCGCGAUCGUAUUGCGAUAGAUAAUCGAUAUCAUAAUCGAUAUUUUAAUUGCGUUUGUAUGAUUAAGUAUCGAAUAUUUUUCUUUACUCGACUAUUUGUAUCUUUUUACCGUAAUGUCCCUGAUAUUGUAAGUUUGUGUACGUUUUUUUUUUGGUCGAUAUUAUUUUAUGAAAAUAAUUUCGUUGUACAAAACCAAUGCAAUAUACACUGUUUUUCAUUGUUCGAAUAAUCAUGUCGCUUAGAAAUAAGGCGAUAGUAUUUUCUGAGUAUUUAUUGUUAUUAUCUAACAGCUGGCAACAUUCACUUUCAGUGUUGCCGAUUUUCAAAAUUACAGUGAAGAUAUCGGGCAUCUAUGAGUUUCGUUUGUUUUAUUAUUUUUUAAAUUUAAUUGUGGAUAUUUAAUUUACUAGAGUACUGGAAAUCCGUAACAAUUGUGAAUAAGUUGUUAAAUUAUCGGUGAACAAAAGGAUAUAUUUAUUUGUUGGUCAAUGCAAUAAUCAUUUAACACUUCAAAAUACCUACUAAAUUAAUAAUAUUUAAUAAAUUGUUAACUUUAAAAUGACAGCCCUGUGAUUACGAAAUAGUAUUUUAUUCGUUCGAAGAUGCCUAAUAGUGAAAGCACACAUUGCAAUACGAAAUGCAUUUUAUGUGUUUAGAGAACCGAUAUUAAACACAACAUUUUUUUUAAUUUUAGUUUGUAAUUAUAAUUCGGUGCCUUAAUCUUAAGGAGAGGCCUUGUUUUUGAUACUAAGGUUUAUGAGAUUCGUAUUUUUGCGAUAUGUUUUUUUUUUACAUUCACACAGGCUGUGCGUAUUAUCGAUAAUUUAGUUUUUUCUUUUUUCUAUAACUUAACUAUAAUUGUGUUGUACUAAUGAUUUUAUUUAAAAGUUUAAGCAUAUACAGUGAAAGCGCCGAAAUGAUUUUAUUAAAUGACUAAAAUAUAAUGAACAUUGCAAUUAAAGUUUUCACACAUUACAAAUAAAACGUAUGAAGCGCCAUCUAGAAUGAAUUUUUUUGUUCGGAGAAAGCGCCUUUAGUAAGAUGGUAAUACAUUUAUAAUUUGUAUUCACGUUAUGAAGUUUUUAUGAAUUAAUGCCAUCCGAAUAUGUAAUUGACAAAUUAAUGCAGUACAUAAUAUAUUAGAUCUUGCAUGAUCGUAUAAGUUUAUAAAGAAGGAACAAAUUCGUGUUUGUAAAGGAUUAUGUUUAUCCUAAAUGUCUACAGACGAUUAUAUGCGUUUAGUUAUAGAAAGAAUUAAACUAAAACGAAGUUUUUUUUCUGAAUGAAAAAUAUUAAGUUUUUUUUGAGUCAUAAUGUAGCGGAAUGAACAAGUGCAUUUCUAUUUUCUAAUUAUUUUAUAUUUUAUACUCUAAUUCCUGAGGGUUUAGGCUGUAAGAAUACGCUUAGUAAUUAAGGUUUUUAUUUAUUAAAAAGUCAGUAUAAUGCGUUUUA